CGUGGGUUCCGUGCCCCUGUUCGUGCUAAGUCCGGCUCCUGUGCCGGAAGCGGGGAGGGGGGUGAGGAGCGGAGCGAACGCCGGUCACGUGGCACCACUGCGGAAGGAGCGGGAGAGGGGCGGGGCAGGGGGCGGGGCGGCCGGGUCACGAGUGCCGGGCUGUUGCGGCCUCUGCGGAUAAUCCGAGAUGGGGACCUCCCUGGACAUCAAGAUCAAAAGAGCGAAUAAAGUGUAUCACGCCGGGGAAAUGCUCUCUGGUGUGGUGGUCAUCUCUAGCAAGGACUCUGUCCAGCAUCAGGGAGUGUCUUUGACAAUGGAAGGGACUGUCAACCUCCAGCUGAGUGCCAAAAGUGUGGGUGUGUUCGAAGCCUUCUACAACUCUGUGAAGCCGAUCCAGAUUCUCAACAGCACCAUAGACGUGCUGAAGCCAGGAAAGCUCCCCAGUGGCAAGACUGAGAUUCCCUUUGAGUUUCCUCUGCACGUCAAGGGCGGCAAAGUCCUGUAUGAGACCUACCACGGCGUGUUUGUGAACAUUCAGUACAUACUGCGCUGUGACAUGCGGCGGUCCCUGUUGGCCAAGGACCUGACCAAGACCUGCGAAUUCAUCGUGCACUCUGCUCCUCAGAAGGGGAAGCUGACCCCGAGUCCUGUUGACUUCACGAUCACUCCGGAAACCUUGCAGAACGUCAAAGAGAGGGCCUCCCUUCCCAAAUUCCUCAUUAGAGGACAUCUGAACUCCACCAACUGUGCAAUCACGCAGCCCCUGAGAGGAGAGCUGGUAGUGGAGCAUUCAGAUGCUGCCAUCCGGAGCAUAGAGCUUCAGCUGGUGCGGGUGGAGACCUGUGGAUGUGCAGAAGGCUACGCGCGUGAUGCCACAGAGAUUCAGAAUAUUCAAAUCGCUGAUGGGGACAUUUGUAGAAGCCUUUCUGUCCCUCUGUACAUGGUCUUUCCCAGACUCUUCACCUGCCCAACCCUGGAGACCACUAACUUCAAAGUGGAGUUUGAAGUUAAUGUGGUGGUCCUUCUUCAUGCUGAUCACCUCAUCACGGAGAAUUUCCCACUGAAGCUCUGCCGGACCUAGUCCAGUCAUCUGCUCACACGUGGACGUCUAUCCGGUCAUCUGCUCACACAUGGACAUCUAUCCAGUCAUCUGCUCACACAUGGACGUCUAUCCGGUCAUCUGCUCACAUGUGGAUGUUACAUAAGUCAUCUGCUCACAUGUGGACGUCUAUCCGGUCAUCUGCUCACAUGUGGAUGUUACAUAAGUCAUCUGCUUGGACACCACCCCUGGCAGCAUAUAUUUUCAUGAUUUCUCCUCAUUGCCUCAAAGCUUGCUUCCUUCAGGAGCCUUGCCUCAGGCCUAUCCUCUGGCAUGCAACAGGAUUUCCUCAUGUGUGUUGUAAGAUCAUGGAAAGCAUUUCCGACAGCUCCAGAUGUGCCUGUUUCUCUUUAGGUUCAGUAAAGCAGUUGUGUCUGCAGCUGAGAUCUGCUGGCCAGUGAGACCAUGGAGGCAGAAGGAACCCCUCUCCAGCUUGCCCAGACUCCUGACAGCAAAGGGUUAGCAGCCAGCAGGCUCAUAGGUUGAAUCUGUGAUGCCGUCCAAGGAGACAGUGACUUCCCCUGGAAAUGUGGAGCUUUUUCAAAACCUCUUGAGUUCUUGAUAAUGUUUCACUAGAACUUCACAUGUUUUAGGGAACUAGGAAAAAACAACAAAUAGCCUUGUUCUCAUAGGCGUGAGGGCAUCUGUGAAUGGCGGCUGGUGCUGGAGUUUCUGUCGAGCUGGCGUGCACACUGGAUGCUGCCAUAUUCCCAGGACAUGUUGAAAGGCAAGGCGGUUGCAGAGGGGAGAAUGCAUAUUGGCUGCUCGUUACUAGGUGAUUGCUGAGUGACAGGAGACCGUGCUGAGGAAGGAUGAUGGACUUGGCCUGUCCCUGACCCUGAGGGGCCUGUGCUUUGAGCAGGUUUGGCCUGCAGUCCUUUCCCUCAGCCUCACACUGAGUCAGACCGUGUGGAGACAGUUGUAAUCUUGCUGCUGUUCUGGUGGACCACUGUUAGUGAGCAUCUGCACACUGGCUGGCCUGCCUUCACAGCUUCGGGGACAGGCCUAGGCAAGGCGGGCCAGAGUGACAGCCUCCUGCCCUGCCCCUCUCCUGUGACAGCUGGUGGGAACUGGGGCUCCCCAGGAAAACUGAGGAGACUAGCCGAGUCACCAGACAGUGGGUUCCCAGACAAUGUAUUUUUUUUGAUUUGUCAAUUUUUACGCUUAUAUCACAAUACUUAUCUAUCCUUGAUGAAUUUAAACAAAAUCAAGUAGCCAAAAUGGAAGCCAUACUUUCUGAUCAGUUUGCAAGGAAAAGUCAUCUCUAAUGACAAUUUUUUUUAACAAAUAAAGAAUGCUAAGCAGCUUUUUAAAAUGG